AUGACAAGCGACUUCCAUCGCCCCGGUCUACACCCGCUGUCGCAUCUCAAAGCUGGUCCGACAAUCUCUAGCUCUAAAUCAACAGCCCGACCUGCUUCCUCAACUGCGCAGCCAUCUCUUCAGACAUCCUCCCGAUCGCGUCUUUCAAAGUAUAACUCUAGUCACGAUGGAAAUAUAGAUACAUUCAGCGAUAAGGCGACAACAACACUUAUCCGUCGCGUUCUUUGUCCUCAGGCGAACAGCUCUUUGUCCCUAGAGGAGUUGCUACCUCCUCUCACGAGCUCCAACGAUGUAGACCAUCAGCUCUACGCCCUGAUCGCUAUCAUUGUCAAAGAAUUCGUUUAUUCUUGGUAUUCGAAGAUCACGUCCGAUCAGAUUUUUGUCAAUGAGCUUCUGCAGGUCAUUGCGCAUUGUACGCGUGCGCUCGAGCAACGGUUGCGACAGACUGAUGUUUCCCAGCUGGUUCUGGAUGAGAUUCCUGCUCUUAUUGAAGCACAUAUAUCUUCAUACCGGUUUGCUAAACAACAAUCAACCCUUUCUGGGUUGCCAACAUCGACUCGCACGAUAUUUCAUGCAUUGAACCCACACCCGGGUCUUUCGCCCAUUCCAGAUCCUGCUCACCCACAGAGUAUUGCCGAGCAAUGUGAAAAUGAAUCAUCAUACCGACGGUUGCUAAUGUACGGAACGCUGGCCGUUCUCCUCCCCACAGAAGAUCUCGAGAAUAGCUGUUUGCGCACCUUGCUAGUUGAUAUUCUGGCGGAUCUCAUCUUGGGGAAAGAAGUCAGUGGAAAAAUAUGCGAGAGAUGGUUCUUGUGGGAGACGAUUGCAAAACUUGUUGAAGUCAGUCAGCAAGAUCCCCGCCAUGACGACAAGAGCAAAUCUCAGGGACAGCCAGAGGAUCGACUGAGAAAAUUCGGUUUACUCUCGACUGAGGAAGAAGACUGCGAUGUGUCAUACAUGUCUCAAUCGCGAAUCUCCAUGUGGAUCUGGAGUGUCCUUCAGUACGCCUAUGUAACCUUUCUUGUUCUACGUUUUAUUGCGACGGGACUAUUUCGCGUUGCUUCACAACCUCAACCCACUACUUCGCGGGUAACAAAGACCUAUCCUCCAAGUGCGACUGCUAGUCCAGUCAAUCAGCGUCCAGUACUGGACUUCCGGCUGUUUAGCAUGGUCUCGGAACUAUUGGCAGUGCCCCAACGAAUGCCAUGGUUGGGAGGACUUUUGGCGCUUUUUCAACAUCUGGUACUGGCGGGUCCAGGGAGAUUAGGAGAUGCUGACAGCACUCUUGAUAGGUUCCUGUAUGAGACCAUUCAAGACUAUGUGUUGACCCCCGCUCUGUUGCCCCAUCUGCUUCUCGCGUCCAGGACGGCGCUUUUCCCAGUAAAUGUUCCUGCACCGCAGGGGGCGGAGCCUGAUCGAGCAGUCCAACUCCCGUUAUCAAUGCGUACCCCUACGUCAUCUGCAGCAGAGGGCGGCAAAGCCAACAUUACUAACAAAGGGUAUGCGAAUACGUCGUCGGCCGAGAGCGCUGGACCAUCAGCACCAGAAAUUGCUGCUAUCAGGCGACAUUGUGCGGUCAAUAUCUUGGCACUGAUUCCGCGGCCAGUUGCGCGACGAUUAUUUGGUGUUGUGCACAAUAGUAGUAAUAAUAGCAACCAUCGUACCAUCUGGAUCGAUGAUAACGAUCAAAUUAACAGCCACGAGUCAGGGCCAACAGCUGGUGGAUCCGAUGCUGAUCGAGAACACGGGGCAGAAGAAGACGAAGACGCGGUUUUCGUUGCGGCCAUUGAGAAUGAACUGCUUGAUAUGUUGGAAGAUGAGUACUGUAAUAAGCAUCUUGUAUAUUCAAUUAUUGAAACUGUUCUAGUUAGGCUUGUGCCUGAGUUGGGUGAGCGGUCUGUUGGGGAGUUGCUUGAGGACCGGGGGGUUUGUUUUUCUAAUGUUUGA